AGGCUGAUAGCAGAGCUAUCUCCACCGCGUCGGCAGGAGCUCAGCCGGCGGCCUCCCGAGGGACCGGGGAGGGAGGAUGGAGGGAGGCAUGGACCUCCUCCACGACUUUGGCAUCCAGUCAACGCGCUACCUGCAGGCGAACUACCAGGACUCCCAGGACUGGUUCAUCCUGGUGUCCGUGAUCGCAGACCUCAGGAAUGCCUUCUACGUCCUCUUCCCCAUCUGGUUCCACCUCCGAGAGGCUGUGGGCAUCAAGCUGCUCUGGGUGGCCGUGAUUGGGGACUGGCUCAACCUCAUCUUCAAGUGGAUUCUCUUCGGGCAGCGCCCGUACUGGUGGGUCCUGGACACGGACUACUACGGCAAUACCUCGGUGCCACAGAUAAAGCAAUUCCCGGUCACCUGUGAGACUGGGCCAGGGAGUCCGUCCGGCCACGCGAUGGGUACCGCAGGUGUCUACUACGUGAUGGUCACAUCCACCCUCUCUAUCUUUCGGGGAAAGAAAAAGGCCACCUACAGAUUUCGGUUUUUGAACGUCAUUUUGUGGUUGGGGUUCUGGGUCGUGCAGCUGAACGUCUGUCUGUCCCGGAUCUACCUCGCUGCUCAUUUCCCCCACCAGGUUGUUGCCGGAGUCUUGUCAGGCAUUGCUGUUGCUGAGACUUUCCGCCACAUCCAGGGCAUCUACAACGCCAGUCUCAAGAAAUACUUUCUCAUUACCUUCUUCCUGUUCAGCUUUGCCAUUGGAUUUUACCUGUUGCUCAAGGGGCUGGGUGUGGACCUCCUGUGGACUCUAGAGAAAGCCAAGAGGUGGUGUGAGCGGCCAGAAUGGGUCCACAUUGACACCACCCCCUUUGCCAGCCUCCUGAAGAACGUGGGGACCCUCUUCGGCCUGGGGCUGGCUCUCAACUCCAGCCUGUACAGGGAGAGCUGCAAGGGCAAGCUGAGCAAGUGGUUCCCGUUCCGCCUCGGCUGCAUCGUGGCCUCCCUCGUGCUCCUGCACCUCUUCGACUCGCUGAAACCCCCAUCCCAAGUGGAGCUGAUCUUCUACGUCCUGUCCUUCUGCAAGAGCGCGGCAGUGCCCCUGGCCUCUGUCAGCCUCAUCCCCUACUGCCUCGCCCGGAUCCUGGGCCAGCCGGACAAGAAGUCUUUGUAAAGACUGUGGAGCCUUCAGUAUUUAAAGCCAACGGCUGUGCCAAGGCCUGAGGGCAACUAGCAUCUUCUGCCAGCCCACUGUGAGGCCAGAAGCGCCCAAGUCUUGCCCUGCGUGACCCACUUCCUCCUUUGCAUUUCUAAUUCGUACUGGGGGAUGGUUUUUGAAAGGCUAUAAUGAGGGUAUUUGAGGAUACCCUUGUCUGUGAGAAGUCGAGUUCUUCUGGAUCUUCCCCUGAAGACUUCCUUGUUCUUCUGUCAGACGUCCGUCCGGAAGUCAGACUUCCAGGUAGGGACAGCCCAUAACCCCAGGCUGGGAACCCCACCUGAGGAUGCUCUAGCCAUUGCUCAUUCUUACCCAGGAAAGGAGAAAAGAGAAGUGGAUUUAAUAGGAAAAGAAGGAUGGAUCAAGGAGGAUGUUUUAGUAUCUUGAAUAUCAUGCAAAUUAUGUCAAACAAUACCUAGACGGCUUUGAUUAUACUUAAAUCAUUAGGUAAGUGACUCAGUAUUGGGGGACCAACUUAAGGUGUGGUUAGCAAGUGGUUAGUGGGAUAAUUCUGCGUCUUGUGUUUUUCUAGUAUAUAUCCGUGGUCGUUGUAGUUACUAGGCUUUCUGAGUGGCUGCAGUGGCCUCGGUGUGCACUACAGCUGGGCACAGUCAGUUUCUCCUCCAUCACACUGGGUCUUCCUCCUCAUUCGCCCAGCUCUGCUUUCCCCAGAAUUCCCCACUGGCCCGCCCCGUGCCCCGCUGGAAACUCAGAUGCCUAUAGGUGACUCUGGGGUGGUGCUUUUGUUAUGUUUCAGUUCAGCUUUAAAAUCUUGGGCAAAAAAGCAAGGAGAGGCGAGGAGAGGCAAAGAUUCCCCUCUGCAGAAGGUCACUCCAAUGUUACUUUUGAUUUCUGGAGGGUAACCGUGACUCCCUUCUCUAUCCCAAGCGAACCAAGAGCACGUUCUUGGAGGGGAAAGCCUCUUCACCUGUCUCCAGUCUCAGCUGAUUUGCAGAAUACGUCCUAAAAAAAGUGCUGAAGCCUAUUUAUUUGAGGGUCCUUGUUUUUGCUACUAAUUAUGCAGUUCACCAUAUAUUAUCCUUCACACCAACCUUCCUGGCCAUAACAUCUUUGAAAAGAAAAAUAUAUAUGUGCAGUAUUUUAUUAAAACAUUUUAUUUAAGAA